UUGGAAAAUGGGUCGACUGGGUAAAGCAUCAACAAGCACCGCUCGACCGAUGUUUCGUGUACAAUAUCGUAAAUUAGUUGAUGAUUAUUCGUGCAAACAAACUGUGAAAUUCAUGUCCAAUCCACAGCAAUUACCACCGCCAUUUAAUCCUGACUAUUUGGCAUAUCCAUGUUGUCACUGUGGUCAUACACUUAAAUUAAAGGCUGAAGAAUUAAACUCGAUUGUUGGCAAUGCGUUUCGAAUGGCGUAUGCGGCGGAAAUACAACGGCAACCGAGCUUUCAAGAGGUAAUUGUCAAUCAGCUACAAGAACUUCCUGGAUCAGGUGAUAAAAAUAGUAAAUGCGGCACUUCUAGUGGAAAUCGUUUUGCUUGGACAAAACAUUUACUGGCACCAUCAGCACCGACAGCAACUGCAACGAAAAUGAAUGUUCAACUGAGUUCGGCCCAUCGUUUGGGUUCCGUCGCCACUAAGAGACCACCGACUUCAAUUCCUGGUCUACGACCAAAUCAUUCCUGCAAUGUUCUAUGUGCAUCUGCAACUGCUAACACAACUACUUCAAUAAAAACAAGCAAUGAUGAUCACAAAAAUAUAUUAAUCAGUGAAUCUCAACAAAGUACACCGAGCAGCGAAGAAAGUAAUUCACCCACAGAUAUGAAUUCAUAUAAACGCUUACAGGACAAGCCUCCAUUAAUUAAACGAAUACAAAUGGGAUUAACAAACGGUGGUGGAAGUUUUAUGUUAAAUAAUAUGGAUGAGGACAAUGAUAGUUGCCCAUUAGUUGUACACACUGGUAGCACACCGAAUAGUCCUACAGCUAUGGAACAACAUAAUUUUACUGGUUAUGUAAACGAAGUUACAAAUACAGAAGAUAAUCUUAGUGCUAUUAAUAAAAUCAACGAUGUUGAAGGCGAUGACAUAAAAACAACCGUAAAUACAAAACAUAUAGAAUUAGAAUGUAAUAGACUCUUAAAAAGGGCACCAUCACCACAUCACGCUCAAACAGAUGCCUCAAACAUUGAGUUAGACUUUAAAUCAAAACGAAUAUCACAAAUUAGUUCUAGUAGUUCAGCGCUUACUGAAAGUAGUCUGCUUGGUGGCUCCACACCAGCACCAACACCACCACCAUUGCCUGAACGAACGGAUAGUUUAAAUAAUAAAGAAGAAGGCGAAUUACGAACAGCUCCAUGGUUUCAAGCAGGUAUACCACGAGAAAUUACACUUGAAGUAUUAGAUCGAGAACCAGUUGGUGCGUUUAUGGUACGGGAAAGUACUAGCAAACCAGGAUGUUAUGCAUUAUCUCUACGUGUACCUAGAGACUUUCAACCAAGUGGUAUCGCACAUUAUUUAAUUAUACGGACUAACAAAGGAUAUAAAAUUAAGGGUUUUACGAAAGAAUUCACAACAUUAACAGCGCUAAUUACACAUCAUUCCGUAAUGCCUGAAUUGUUACCGUGUCCAUUAUCACUAAGUAGAUUUAAUCCAAAUUUUGCAAAAUCGGACUCCAAUCGAGAUUUUGCUGAUAUUGACUCGGAUCCAGAUUAUAACACAUUAGCUGAUUUUCGAAAAAUGAUGUCUGAU